CCCACAAUUCAUUUGCAUAGCAACGUUUCAAUAUGGUGGACAUGGCAUGCAUGGUCUGCAUUUCCAGUCUUGUGUUUAUCGUAUGAUAUCAUAAUCAUUAAACAUAAAGCAAGAAGAUAUCAUCAGAUUCCUGUUCAAUUUGGAGAUAUCAGCUGUUUCUAGACAUUUCCAGGAAUAUGAUGUCCAGUCGUAAUGCCUCGAGAGAGGCACGAGCACUGUUUGAGCUGAAACAGCGAGCGGUUCAUUAUUAUAAGGAGAAUGGCGUGCCAGAGAAGAUGGAGGAGAUCAUGAAUGCCAUGUUUUAUGACGACCCACAUGACGUCUAUGGUCACUUGAGCAACUACUUUGAGACAUUUUCCAAAGCUCCAGUAAUCACUAGACUAAAGGCAAGAGAGGCAUUAGAUAGCAAAGGUCAGCCAACCAUCCAAACUCAAGUAUACUGCCUCGUCAAAAAUUUCGAAAAGUGCCUGGCAUCAUCAAUAUCCUCCAGUGUGAACAGAAUACCUGAAAGUGGCAAACCUGAGGACCGAGACACAGAAGAUACUGAGAGACAAGAGUUUGUCACAGCAGCUAUUGACUACAUAAAUGGAGAAUUCACAGAUAAGAUGAAAGAGUUGGAUCCUCUCGAUCAGGCAGCUGUUGAUGAAGUCGUUUAUGGUUUCUUUGAUCAAAUGCGUAAAGAUGAGGAGAAGAGGGAGGUUGAAGAGAAGGAGAACGCCGGUGAGGGUGGGGACGAGGUUGUACAACAAGCCCCGGCACCCACACCAGAGAAGGACAAGAAAGCACCCAAGUCCCCCAAAGGAGGCAAGCAGGCGAGGGGAAAGGGAAAAGCUCCAGCCAUUGUAAUCAUACCUGAGGAACCCCUGGAGAAGCUCUACCCUGGAUGUAAUGCGGUGGCAGCCGUCUCCACGUGUGUCUGCUUGGCAGGGGCGGCCGUCAAGAGAGUACAGCUGUAUGAACACAUUGUGUCACUCAGAAGAACAGAGUCAACUGAGAAAUACAGAUUACCGUUACCAAUGGUAACCAUUCUGCAGAGCGGGAAGGUCGCCCUUGGAAAGCAGAACUGUGUUAAAGAAUAUAUGGUCGUCCCUAAACCUGGCGUCAUGACGAUGAAAGAGAGUGUGAAGAAUAUCAGGAAUAUCUACAACACGGUACAGAAGAACCUCUCAGCCAAGGCGGGGGCUGGAUUGCGGAAUGUGAGUGACAGUGGUGCUAUUUGCCCCACGUUCGACCGCCCAGAGCAGGGUAUGGAUCUUAUCCAAGAUGCCUGGCGAGAGCUCAACUUUAUUGACGGCGAGUUCAACAUUGUCCUCAACCUAGCUGGCCACGAAAUAUUCGAUUACGAGAAGGGCAAAUAUGAGCCUGUUACUGGUCAGCAAAAGAUGGCAGAUGACAUGGUCGACUUCUGGGUGGAGAUUCUCAACAGAUAUCCCUCCGUUAUUGGUAUCAUUGAUCCAAUCAGAAAACAGGAUAAGGAACAAUGGAUGAAGAUCUGUGAGAAGGUGUCGGAGCGCUGUCUCAUCAUUGGUGACUACGUAUUCCAUCGGCCGGGCUUGUUGAAGGAUGACGAGUUGCCAGUCGACUUCCAGACAAGUGCAAUCAUUGUGAGAAUGGAGUCCAUGACGUCCGUCUCACAUCUUAUUGAACUUACAAAGAAAAUGCAAGAAGCACAGAAUGAAGUGAUCCUUGCGAGCAGCCUCGGCGAAAGCCCCGAUAUGUUCUUGACUGAUCUCGCUGUUGGUCUCGGCGCAAAAUUUCUUAAAAUGGGAGCACCCUGCCGUGGAGAGAGAGUGAACAAACUGAAUCGCCUUGUUGAGAUCGAGGAAUGUUUAUUAGAGGCGGAUCAACUUGAUCAAUGGGGAGUACAGACGUUCCCAAAGCUGGAACUUCCAGCACCGCCGUCUGAAGAUGACCAGGUGUCAGAGGGAGCAACUGACGAGCGGAAACCAGAGGACAAAUCAUAAACGUGGAACCAUUCAGGGAGUUGUGUUUGGUGGAAGACCCAUGACUGCCUGCAAAGGUAGCCUUCAUGCGAGUGGAACUGUGUACCUGCACUGCUGGCUUAGCCAGGCCAUCUAACCAAUUAGAAUGAGAAGACUGGUCUGGCCUACCAUUUAGAGGUUCUCGUCCCAUUGGUAGCUCAUUCCAUAACUCUGUACCUUCCAACGAAAAUGCCCGGCCACCAUAGAUCAGCAGAUUUUUCUUUGGGACCAGUAGCCCGACAUUCUCUGAUGACUGGAGACUGGCAUCUUGCACAAACUUAAUCUCAUAGGUAUGCCAAGUGAUGACAAAGAAUUCACUCUAGUAUUGUAUUCCGUCCAGUGAGCAUGGUGUAUUGUAAUGGAUAGUAAACUUUGUAAAUAUGUAAAUAGUUCCCGUCAUUUACCCUGUAAAGUGAUUUCAGAAUUUAAAAAAUCUGCAUUCUGCAUACUAAGUCCUGCUUGGUGAUUUCGACUUGAGUGAUAUGAAAAAGAUAAUGGACUCUGAGGCACCAGAGUUGGGAGGUAUCAUGCUUUCUGGGAGGGGCUUCUGAUGGUCGUAUGAGUAUGAUGAAGGUAUUGGUGUUGAAAUGGCACACUGCGAAUGAUGCGUGUUUGAGACAGCUGGUUGAAAGAAUAUUAAAACGAAACAUACGGAUAUAUAUAGGGUGCCUUUCCACUGUGUAAACGAGUUCAAUCAAAGCGCCAUCCCCUCCAAAUGUCUCGCAAACAACCAUGUAACCAUAUCUUCAGCGACUGCGAUACUUUCUGCUAUCCUGAUAUAUUUGCCUUCACCUGGCAGUUUCAGAGAAAGGGACUUGUUACCAAAGGAGUUAUAUGGCUGGCAGCCUUGUAUAGCCAAGGCCUUGUAGCCAAGGAGUAGAAAAUUCAGGCUUGAUUCUUUCUGGAUAUGGUAUAUUUAUUCAACAAGCAUAUUCUUGAGCAUUUUUACAUACAUGCACAUAUUCGCACAAAGGCAAACCCUUAAGGAAAACUAAAAAGCUAAAAGGGUAACUUCCUGAGCAAGACUCUCUCCCUCUAGUUGAUCAGCCUUGAGGCUCAAAACACCCACAGUAUGAGUAGGCCACACACCAUUCCUAAAGCUGUGGCUAACAGGUACCAAUCCAGAGUUUCUUAGAAGUUCUAGAAACUUCCUUAUAGUUGGUGGGAUGGCUGUUGGUGAAAACCAUAUCCUUACACUUUUUGGUCAAAGGUGAACCACAUGUAACUAUUAAAUGGGUACCCAUGUAUUUGCCUACAUUUGCCCAUACAUUACCCAUAGUUUUGAUUACAGGUAAGUGUCUAUAGUUCAAUAUUCUUAGCUCAGAUGGCAGCACCUGUCAGUGACAAAACGAGGAUGAGGGUCAAACGGCAAUCUUGACACUAGAGGCGCUGAUGUCGUUCCUAAACAACGGCUCUAGCACUGCUAAAUUGCCACCAUCUUGAAAAGCAGUACCGCGCAUGUGGAAAUGUAAAGAAUCUUUACAAUUGCAAAGAGGCUAUCGCAUCACCACUACGCCCGAGAACACGAUGGCUGCACUACGCUGCAUUGAUAGUUUG